CGACGGACCCGGCCCACGGAAGCGUUCUCUAGAGAAGGCAGGCCUGCAUCCCCCGGCUUCCGCCACUGCCGCUGCCGGGGUUCGGCCCGUGGAAAGCGGGGCUGGAAAGAUGCUUCUGGAGCUGUCCGAGGAGCACCGCGAGCACCUGAGCUUCCUGCCCAAGGUGGACUACGCCGUGGUCGCCGAAUUCGGCCGGAUCUCCCUGGAGUUUCUGAGGAAAGGGUCCAACCCGAAAGUCUACGAAGGAGCCGCCAGAAAACUCAGUGUUAGUAGUAACACAGUCCAGCAUGGAGUUGAGGGAUUAACAUACCUACUCACUGAAAGCUCAAAACUCAUGAUUUCUGAACUUGAUUUCCAAGAUUCUGUGCUUGUUUUGGGAUUCAGUGAAGACUUGAAUAAAUUGUUGCUUCAGCUUUAUCUUGACAACAGAAAGGAAAUCAGAACAAUUCUGAGUGAGUUGGCACCAGUGUUUCCCAGUUACCACAAUCUUGAGUGGAGAUUAGAUGUACAGCUUGCUAGCAGAUGUCUAAGACAACAGAUUAAACCUACAAUGACUCUAAAGCUGCACCUAAGUCAGGAUGGAGAGCAGAGCAGUCAGGUUUUGCAGACUGACCCAGCUACCUUGCUGCACUUGAUUCAGCAACUAGAAGAAGCGUUAGGAGAAAUGAAAACAAACCACUGCAGGAGGAUUGUUCGAAAUAUCAAAUAGUGUCGGAUUUGCAUUGUAAAUCUGUUCAAAUGAUUUAUAAAGCAAUGUGAAUGAACAAGUAUUGGUCGGAGUUCCUUUUUCUUGUAAUUAAGAGGGUUAAACAUUUGAAAUAGAUGGACUUUGUUUUCCUCUGCCGUAACACUGAUGCAUUAAUUAGAAGCUAAAGUUCCUUUCAUGGGGCUUCUUAUGCCCAGCUUUUUAAUGGUAUGAAGUGAAUUUUGUUUUAUAUAAAUAAAUGUGUAUGUAUGAUGAUA